GGUCGGUGGUCUAACAGCAAUCUUCGCCCUUGGAUUCACUUCAGCCAUGUUGUUCGUCAAGUUACCUACAACGAUUCUACCGACGACUUUACUGUUGUCGUCAAAAACCUUUCAGAAGACAAGGUCCUUCCGGCUGAGAGAUUUGACUACGUCAUUGUAGCAACUGGGCAUUACUCUACUCCCAACAUCCCUUUCUUCACUGGAAUUGAGAGGUUCCCUGGUCGAGUAAUUCACUCACACAGCUUCAGAAAUGCCUCUCACUUCAAAGGCAAAAGAGUUCUUGUCAUUGGUUCCAGCUACUCAGCAGAAGACAUCGCUGUCCAGUGUCUUAAGUACGGCGCUGAUAAUAUCAUUUGCUGUUGGCGAACACUACCGAUGGGAUUCAAAUGGCCCCCACAGAUAACAGAAAAGCCACUGCUCACCAAGCUGGAAGGAAGCACAGUCCAUUUUAAGGAUGGUAGCACGGCAGAGGUUGAUGACAUCAUACUCUGCACAGGCUACCAUUACUUCUUUCCUUUUUUGGAAGAUCGUCUGCGCCUGAAAUCCCGCAAUGUUUGGUACCCUGAGGGACUUUACAAGUCGAUUCUCUGGACCCAGGGUGGAAAUAACAAGGUUCUGUACAUAGGGAUACUUAAUCAAAUAUACAGUUUUACCAUGUUUGAUGUUCAAGCAAAGUGGGUGGUGAAUUAUAUCAUGGGGGAACUAAAGCUUCCCGAUAAUCAAGAAAUGGAAAGUGAUAGCAGGAAGUGGAUUACCAGGUACUUAUUCGAUUUAGGUGACUCACUACCGACAGUCCUUAUUAUGGGAGAUCUACAAUCCCGGACAAAACUACUUGAGAACGUUUUUUCGUAAUGCGCACUACCUAACGCAACAAAACUAUUUCCAAAUCAGCGGCUUUGCCUAAAGAAAUUCCCUCUCCCAGUUCAAAGUUGCUUCCUACAAACGUCUAAAUUCCUUUUGAAGACAACAACACUGCUUCUAGGGGGAGAGAGGAAGGAAGAACUGUUACGGCUACGAUGCGGUUUUUAUCAAGCGUUUUGUCCAAGAUUGUACAACAAUUUCACUUGGUAUUUAUAGCAAUAUAAAUGGGCUAUUAGACAAAAUGACCAGUACACUCUUAUAAGUAGGGAGUACUCUCUUUUAGAUAGGAAAGUGAUGUUUAAAUCUUGAGCAGAGCUGCGGACAUUUGCAACACUCGAAGUGAAACCAAGAUGUAAGUACCAGGGUGGCUGACGCAGGACCCGAGAGGAGGAUAACGCCACGGGUUACUAAGUGAUGCAGCCGCCUUUCCUUCUCCAUUGCACUUCUAGCCUUAAGCGUGGGAAGGUCUUGCGCUAAUUUCUGACUUUCUGGUGGAUUGCCUCACCCCUUCUGGGCCUUCCUUUAAGAUUCUGCUUGUAGCGCAUGCAAGGACGGCCUUAAUUCCUUUUACCAUCUUCUCGUGCGUUUGUCACUCAUGAAAUGAAAGGUCAGUCUACCAGUGGAGCUUGGACUUUAUCAGCAUUGCCCCAAUAAUUAUUUUUUGGUAGUGGGAUUUAAAGUUGGGGACAUCAUGUCAAUGAUUGUCCUGACAUAAGAUGCCUCUCACGAAUCGCUGGGCACGCAGGUCUGCCCAGCUACUUUAUGUGACGGCGGUUAAACUUCCGAGUCUCACAACCGUCCAGGAGGUAAGUGAAGACAACGGUACUACAUACCUUCAGAUGGUGGGUCACGUUGUGGUAAAUUUGAGUACCUUGAUUUACAUGAGUCUUCCAAAUGCCUGCCUUGCCCGGUUCAGCCAAAACCUCCAUACAAACGGCACCUUAGGAGCAAAGUUAAGUGGCCGCUGUAGAUGGUGAUUAAACAGCAAAUAUAUCCACUAGGUCCCGGGGGUAGGUCGUCUCCUCUCCCGAGUUUUUCUUGGGGAGGGGGGACGUCUGUACACAGGCUACCGGGAGGCGAGCCGCCGGGACCAAAAUGUGGCCGAUGUUAAAGGUUCGACUGUACGGUAGACACAUUUCUGUUCUUUAUCGUCAACAUGAAUUGCCGCUGAUUUAUUACCUCUGUAUGUCGUCGGGUCUGUGUGUUUUCAAGAGAAAAUCGUAGUCAGUGAGAGCUUCGUAGUCAAUUCGUGUCCUGGAUUCUACCGUGAGAUAGCGAAGGCCAAAUAUGGAUCCAUGAACCUCUUACCAAUUCUACUCGGUUUCUUGGAUAGCUUGGAUUUCAUGCUUGUCAGGAACGGUGACGAACCCCCAGGAACGUCUGCGUGGGAGGCUAAGAUUAAAGCGUUUUAAGCCAGAACCGGUGCAGCCUUGCUUCACCAAAUUGCUAAUCUCGGAAGUGUGGGACUCUCAGCCAUUUGAGAUAACUUGCUUGUCAUGCUAGUAUGGAUGAUACUGAGGUUUCCCCUUGAACGCGUUCAAGGCCUAAAUAUGGUCGAUGAGCUCGAUUCAUGAUACAUUUCUCUAGCUUGCGCUUGGCGCAUUUAAACAUCUGAUGGCGUCAUUAGUUUAUUAUGAUACAAUUUAAAGAGCCCAGCAAUUGACUCUUCAUUUAAGGGGCAGCGUGGCCGAGCAAUAAGAGCCUUGGGCUUGCAAUCGAGAUGCAAAGACUUCAAGCCCCGCCCUGAAUUCUAGGUGGAUUUGUUUACGGUACUCCCGAGUUCAAAUCCUCGGCAAAAUGCCAUCUAGUUUGGCUCCAGCCAGUUGGGAUUUUUUGAUCCUGUAAUGUUUGAUUUUCAUUAUUUGGUUCAGUCAUUUGUUCAGUCCUAGCCAGCCUUGGUGCUAUAAACGCUGCCGAAGGUAAACAAAAUAAUUAUUUACCUUAUUUACUUUUUUAAUUGAUUUUCACUGGUAGUAUGACGUAUGGUUACCUUACGAUAUUGUAAUUCAUUUACCCACUGAGCAGUUGAGAGUUCAUAAGAACUCGGUGAAACAUAUCCCUGCGUUCCAGAUCGAAUUAGAAUUUGGAAGUGUUGGUUGAGAACCGGAGUACCCGGAGAUAAACCUCUCGGAGCAAGGGAGAGAACCAACAACAAACUCAACCCACAUUGGUGUCAACAACAGGAUUUGAUCCCGGUCCACAUUGGUGUCGAUUGGUGGGAGGCGAGUGCUCAUACCACUGCGCCACCAUGCUCCCAUGUAGGCCCAGUCGGCCAUAUGCCCACCUACCCCUCCCCUAAGCCAACAUUAACACUUACUUCUCCUUUAGGGCAAAAUGUUGGCUUAGGGGAGGGGUAGGUGGACAGAUUCCCAGAAAAGUAUAAUGAUUUUGCAAAUUUCGGGACGGUUAUUAUGGGUUAUUUUGUUUUCUGCAUUUAAUUUUCAUUUUUAUGUGACUUUUGUCAAUAGGAUGGGCGACAUCAAAAGUGUAGACGACACUAUCGACUACCAGACAGCUUAUGUUGCGGAAAUUGCUAAUGAGUCAAACUACGGCCACGAUAUAGAUGUAUCAGAGAUGCUUCAUGCCUGGAACAAUUACAAACAGGACCACAUUACCACCUACAGAAACCAAAGUUUUACAAGCAAGUAUACUGGAAACAAGGCCCCGCUUCCGUUCACUCCAUUUAUGGAAGAGUUUGACGAUUCAUUGGAGCACUUUCUUAACUCUGAGCAGUGA